GUUGUGACAUUUACGACAUCAUCGAACUACGGCAUGUUGAUUGAAGACCAUGAUGUUCGCGGAAAUAACUUCUGAUUUCCAAUUUUGCUCUAAAAUAGGGGGUAAAGAUUUCUUCACAUGAGAUUGGGUCUUCGUUUUAUUUAAUAUUUUAAUGUCGCAAUACAAUUUAAGACGAUUUCUGAUAAACAUUUCUUCUGCGUUCUUUAAAAGUUUGAAACAACAGCAUUCGAAUUACAGCUUUAAAAAGGGUUACUCACUCUGAUCAUUCAUAUGAUGGUGACAACAUGAAACAAUUCCUCAUCUUUACGUUGAUGUUUCACGGCUGUUUUUCCUACUCUCCUCAUGACAAAACAGUUUCAGCAUUUGGUACAGUUGUUCAAGGAAAAUUAGCAGCCUUUGGUGAUUUUAAUGCAGACAAGCAUACAGACAUAUUUACUCUGUCGGAUGAUGGUAAAACCAUCAAACUAUUCUCUGCAACUUCAGAUAGAACGUCAUCUGAAUUUAAAUUUGAGGAGCGAGUCCUGCUGAAGACAGUACCUGAUGUUGUGUUUACUAGUAUUGUGCCAGCUGAUUUCAAUGGCGAUACACAAAUGGACUUGUUUGUAACAACCCAAAAUGUAGUAAAGUCGCUAACGUCUGCAGUGAAUGGCUGCGUGUAUUGGGGAUCGCCGUCCACGGGAAGUCUAGUUCAAACAGAUAAACUGUGCAUCAGUGAAGAAUUGAAGGAUCAACCAUUAGUACUGGAUGUCAAUGGCGACAUGAUUCCUGAUCUAGUUGGGGAGAAUGCACAGGGUGUCCGCCAUUACUGGAUCUUUCAUCAGAAUAAAAAGAAUUACACAGAAGAGACUGUUGUAGGGAACCUUUCAGCACUAACUCAUCCUACAGCUGGGGCAUUUGUGGACCUUAACAAUGACUUAGUGGCAGAUCUAUGUGUGAUGACAGAGAGUGAUGGCGAAAGGCAGCUAGAAGUGUGGAUGAGUAAGGGUGGCCGUUUAACAUCGCCAUCAAAAAUUUCAAUGGCUGACUUAGCAGAUAAAAAAGUUAUGGGACAGCCAGUGUUUGCUGAUUUUGGAAAUCAAGAUUCUAAUAUUGACAUUCUCCUGCCAGUUUGUGAUGACGAUAUGUGUGCCAAAAGCUCUGUGUAUCGUUAUAAUGGAGUAUUGCCGUGGAAGAAAUUACCAAUAGAUUUUAAGACAGGAAACCAGGCCUGGGGGUUUGUCCCUCUGAGUAAGGGUCUGGAUGGUGCCCCUAUCACCCUGAGGACAGGGGAUUAUAACUUGGAUGGAUUUCAGGAUAUGUUAGCUGUGUUGCAGGCUCCAGACAAUAAUGGGAACACAACCAGAAAGGCUUACAUCUUACAGAACAUUCCCUGUGAAGGAGCCAGUUGUAACGGCCUGGGUCGGACGUUCAGCAUCAGGUGGGACGUGUCGCUGCAUCCCAACACAGACCUGGCUGUGUACCCAGCAUUCUUUGACUAUAGAGAAGAUGGUAUAUUAGACAUUGUCCUGACGACAUACAGUGGGGAUAAAAAGUAUCAUACUCAUUUACUGGAGCAAGACUUUUCUGAAGAUGCUUAUUUUCUCAAAAUGAUGGUUGUUAGUGGACUGUGUUUUGAUAAUUGUCCAAAUGACAGAGAGCCCUAUGGAGUAAAUCAGUAUGGACCAGUUGUAAAGUACACCACACAGAAUGUGGAGGGCAAUACAAUCUCAGGAAUAGCUACUCAGAUGUCCCAGUCUGCAUAUACACCCCUGCAACUGCCAUUUACUGUUUUUGGACUUGGUCAAACUCCAAACUUUGUGGACAAAAUUGAGGCUGGCAUCCCAAAUCCUCCAGGAACAAGUAUACGAAAAAAGUCCUGGUCAUCCAUAGUUCCAAACUCACAGCUUAUAGUCAUUCCAUAUCCCAAUGAUAAACCAAACAGCUGGAAGAACAAGCUAUAUGUGACCCCCAGUCGUAUGGUCAUGCUGACUGGGGCUACUUUACUCGGGACAUGCGGAUUUAUAGCUGGACUGGUGGGAAUUCUGCACUGGAGAGAAAAGGUUGAGGACAAAAAAGAAAGGCUACAAGAAGCACACAAAUUCCAUUUUGAUGCAAUGUAAAGAAUUUCUGACCUUGAUAUCGGACAAGAACCAGUGCAUAAUAUGGCAGUAAUUUCAAGGAUCAAGGUCAAUCUCGCCUGUGAUAAAAGUGCAAUUCUUUUUGUUGAUCUCUUAGUUUUCAUAUUUGUGUCUCCUGUUAAAUCACAAUACCUGUAGAGAUUUAUCUGAGCACUUCUUCAUAUGCAUAUUAUUUAAUGUAUGGAUGACGAGUAAUUUGGCUUGUGUCUUGUAAGUUAUGGGGGGAAAAGGGGAAUUAUUGAUAAAUAAUACAAAAUUAAUACAGGCCCUAUGAGUUCUAUGCAUGUAUAUGAGUACCUUUACUGUAUGUGAACACAAAUUGCUCUUUAAAACAUACAGAAUCUCAGGUUUGUGUAUUUUGAUAAGUUACAGGGUAUAAAAGUUAUCGUAGAAUACACUCAGUGUCUCCAACAUAGAAAAGGUGAUGCAAUAAUAAUGCCUACUUUUUAAAAUCAAGGCCACAUUCAUUUCUACAUGUUUCCAUCAACUGCAUUUGUAGGUUUUUUGAAAGUUGGCAAACUAUGAAAAUAAACAAAAGUAUAUACAGUGAAACUUCUCUAAACCGGCCGGCUCUCGGACCGGAAAAAACAGCCGGUUUAGAGGGAUGGCCGGUAUACCGAGAAUUUAGCAAUUAUAGACAUUUUAUCUCAAUAUUCACAAAGUAGGUACUGUUCACCUUGAUCUGGUGAUCUAUGAUCAAUUAUCGGUGGAGAUUAAAUUAGUCCGCUUGUACCUAAAGAUAAUUAUGAAUUACAAGAAAUAUUAUCGCUGAAAUCAUCUAAUUUUAAACUGAAAAUCCAGAACAGGAUACAUAAAGAAAACACAGAGGCCUAUUAUUGGAAUUCGUCUUACCUAUAAAAACUCUGUUUACAUUCAUCGCUUAUGUCAUUAACAAUUUUGUUUUGACGUUUUUAAAAAGUACAGUAGUAAAUACGAAAUUGUAAUUUGAAUAUUUCUUUGGAAUUUUAAGUCUAUGGAAACCAAGAAAAUUAAUAUAUCUUUUAAUAAUUAUCAUUAACAGUCAUGGGUUUGUUCUUUUAUUAACUACCGCUUAUAUCCAUACGAAAGUAUGGUGAAACAAUAUGGCGUUUGAUAGGGUAUUCAUUCAAUAAUUUCCCAACUGUGUUUUACAUUUUGUACAGAAUUUGGAAGGGUCUCUUGGAUUAGCUAAGUGUCAAUUAACACCCUUGACAGCACAGGUAAACAAUAGAAAUUAAAGAGGCCACUAGUGUUUUUCACACCUCCAAUGGAUAAUUUCAUACCUGGCCAGUCAUACCAGGUCAGUCAAUUUGCACACCUGGAUGAUCUUAAUUAACCUUUGGCCAAGAUUUUCUUGUCUUCAAAAAGUGGCCAGUAUGUUAAGGGUAAAUUACACAUGUUUGUUAACAAAUGUACUUUAAAAAGUGGCCGAUGUCCGGUUUUCAGGGGUGGCCGGUUUUGUAAGACUUUCUUUGUAAGGAAAUGUUAAGAUUUCUGCCGGGACUUUGAAAAUCGGCCGAUAUUCAGGGAGAACCGGUAUUCUGAGGGGCCGGUUUGGAGAAGUUUCACUGUAGUUUGAAGCUGAAAUAAAACAUUUCAGUUUUAAAAUUUAAAAAUGCAAAUUUGAUGAAGUUUUUAUUUGUGAUCUAUUAUAUGUAGCAGAUACGAAAUGUCUUUUGUCGUUGACGUAUGUUUUUUAUAUACAUGUACCUGGUACAUUGACUAAUUUUUUUUUGGGGGGGGGGGAUUUUUGGUUGCAGCAUUAACAAAGCUACUUCAUAGUUUUUUAGGUCACCUGAUUCACUCAGGUGACCCAUUGUCGUUGGUCUUCGUCCGUUAACAAUUUUACAUUUUUAACUUCUUCUUGAAAACUACAAGUCCAAUUAUUACCAUUUUUGGUGUGAAGCAUCUCUAGGAUAAGAGGAAUAUAAAUUAUGAGAUUUAUGACAUUAUUACCCCAGGGGUUUCAUGGGCAGAGCCAUAUAUGCUAUAAAAAAGCCAUAUUUUCAAAAAUCUUCUCUACUCCCACACAUGGGAGAAAAACUAAAUGCAUGGUUAUGAUUAUGGUUAUGAUGUCCAUGAAGCUCUCUAUCAAAAUUGUGAAAUUCAUGGCCCCUUGGGCCAGGGGUUCAGGCCCUACUGGGCUAGGGUGGGGCCAAUAUGGCCAUAUGGUGAAAAUGUAAUAAAUCUUAGAAAAUCUUCUUCUCUACUCCCAUAUAUAUUUGAGAAAAAUUAAAUGCAUGAUUAUGAUGUCCAUGAAGCUUUCUACCUAAAUUGUAAAAUUCAUGACUCCUGGGUCAGGGGUUCAGGCCCUAGGGCAAGGCUAAUAUGACCAUAUACAUGUAGUGAAAAUGUAUUAAAUCUUAGAAAAUCUUCUUCUUUACUCCCAUAUAUAUUUGAGGGAAAACAAUAAAUGCAUGAUUAUGAUGUCCAUGGAGCUCUCUACUAAAUUGUUAAAUUCAUGGCUCCUGGUUCAGAGGUUCAGGCCUUUGGACAGGGCCAAUUUGGCCACUUAAUGAAAUGUAUAUGGAUUGUUAAAAUGAUUUAUAUACUUCAAACUUCCAUUUUUCCUUCUUCUGUAAUUGAAUAGGAUUGUGUAUAUUUUAAAAGAUUCUAAACAUGUGCACAAAAGACUCCAUAUUGAGGCUUAAAUGCAAAUUAUAUGAGACACCCUGUAUGGGCUAUGAUACUCAGGUGACUGUUAAGGCUUGUAGGCCUCUUGUUUUAUCACCAUGUAGUUCGAUACACAAAUAGAUAUUUUAUCCUAGUGUUUAGAAUUUUUUUUGUUUAUUUACUACUUCUUGCAUAUGCAUGUAGUUUUUGAAGUAUGUACCUAAUGAAAAAAUGUAAAAUUCAUUUUGCUUGGCCUGGAUUAAGUAAACUUUAAAUGUUAUUCGAAUUUUAUGUACCACACCUCCACAAAUAAGAUUGUUGUGGAGAAAUAUGUUGUGCACCUUGUGCAUUUUAGCAUUUUUGCAAAAUAGGAUCUCAUGAGUUUGUAUCCUUUUAUAUAUGCAUGUAUAUAUAGUACAUUGUAAUAGCAAUUGUUUUUGCAAAUGGUACAAUGCCAACAUUAUUAUGUUAUUGGUAAUUUACAAAACAAUGUGUUAUGAAAUGAAUAGCAGACAUUUACUUGGGUCCGGGGACAUUAGAUGAGCAGACAUUUACCUGGGUCCGGGCCAUUAGAUGAGCAGACAUUUACCUGGGUCCGGUCCGGGCAAUUAGAUGAGCAGACAUUUACCUGGGUCCGGGCCAUUAGAUGAACUCACUUUUGAGUCUCAGUCUCACUUUUUCACCUCUAUGUUCCUUCUAUAAAAGUGAGAUUUAAAUUAAAAGUGAUUAGGUCUAAGUUUUCUGGCUUUGUUUACCAUAAAGCUGCUGUGUUUAAUUCUCUGAAAUUUUUCAUAUAUAAACAUACACAUGUACACAGAGAAAUGUAUGCAAUACAUGUACAACCAUGUUAAAUUCAUGUGAAAUGUGACAUUGGAUUUGGUUUGAAAGUGUUGUUCUUGUUCACAGCUAAUCUUACCAAGGUAUAAAAACGUUUACUGUGUGAGAAUGUGGUUCAUUGACAUUUUGUACUCUAAGUAUAUGUCCUAUGAAAUCCAGCAAAUGUACAUAGUAUUUGUACAUAAGUAGAGUAAUGUAUUAUGAUAACACAAUUUGGGUUUGUUACUAUUGUGAUUUACUUUAUAGUGCUAUUUAUGUUUGACUUGGUGCUGGAAUCAUUCCAAAAUAAAGACAUUAAGACAAUA